GACCUUGCAACUUUUACUCAGAUGGCAUUUAAUGCAUCUGCUCGUUGUCCUAAAUUAUUCUGAACUCUGCCCUGAGCAUUUGAGAUGACGUCAGUUCAUUUCUCAUAAACAUUGUUUGUCAUGUAGUUCACCCUCUCUCUUUCUCUCUCUCUGUCCCAUUAUGAUAAGUGUUCACCUGCUUCCUUCCCUUCCCCUUUAACUCAUACGCAAGUAGAGAUCCAUUACUACCUUGUUUUUCUCCAACUAUCAGCAUUAUGUAGUGAAACCCUUCUAGUAUUAUCACCACCAUGAUCUGCCACAUUAACUUGCUUACCUAUCAGUUUGAGAUGGUAUAGAUCUUCAUUGUAGCAUAAUCUAGAGAGGUGGUGGUAGGGGAGAUUCAAUCACCAUUGUCAUAGUGUCACAGACCAUGGAGGGUAGCAGCCAUGCAAAGUGAGUUUCAGCCAUCAACAAAAUAUGGCAGAGUGGAGGAUGGAGGGGCAGCAAGGUCAAGCUAUACCUGGAAGAUGAGCGCAAAUAAGUACAUGCACCCAAGUGCAUGUAGAGCAUGGUUCUUCACUCAGAAGGCAUAUUUGUUCAUGCGACUUUGUCUCUAAGUGACUACUUCCUCAACAUGAGCACCACAUACAGCAAUGAGCAAGGAGAAGGUACUGUAGUAGGAUUUGAAACUCCUGAUUCGCCUAGUUCAAGUUAUACCAAUGUAUACCCUGGAAAUGAGGAUGAGGCACGUGAACCACCUCUUGUCCCUCCGCACUUGCAGCAUACCUUGUUAAGCUGCCCUGCAAGUAGAGAAACCUCUAGUACGCUUCCCCUGCCUCAGAACGUGAUUGUAAACCAUCUGUACAUUGAAAAUAGGGAGGCUCCAAGAUCUGUUGUGGCGCUCGGUUUUACUCACCGCUUCCGGUCAAAGUUUGUGACUGUUGUUCUUUACAAGCCUGUCCAGAGAAGGGGGGGCAAUGCUUGAUUUAUAGCCAAGGCGUAGUCAUUCCAUUAGGUAUAUUGCCAAUUUGCUUUGAUUUCAUGUGGAAUAUUCUGAAAUUUUCUCCAGGGAAAUUAUCAUUGUAGAUAUAUUGCCUGGUAAUUAUUUCCGUAUCUAGGAUCGUUCCACCGCAACACCUUAGCGUUGCCUAAGAUUAUUAUUGGUUAGCAUCAAAUACAGUGUUGAUGUAGAAGGAAGAAUUUAUUGGCAGCUUUUGUUGUACUUAUUAGUGGGAGCUGACCUCUUGUUCACAUGUUUCGCCAAAGUCAUGAUCUUUUAUCAUGAUUGACUUUGAGAUUAUGUUGGAUUCUUCUUUGGUUGUUGGGGUCUGGAAUGGCUGGACAGAGUCCAGGAAAUUAAUAUUACUCCUAUAUUGAAGAAAUAAACUUAGACUAAUUUCCUAUCUUUACGGCAGUUAUAAACCAACUGGGUUUUUUGUUUUGGUACCUUCCAUCAUUCUGUAAUAAAGUUCUCUCGUAUUAUUAGAUCA